UUUUGACGGAGUAUAUAAAAAGUUGUAAAAAUUUUUUCGUACUGAAUUUUGAAUAAAAAUCAAAAAUGUCAACAGUAAUUGAUUUAAAUUUGGUUUGCAUAAUUUGCCUACAAGACGAUGGAGGCAAAUUUAUAUCCGUGUUUGCAAAAAAUGAAUCAAAAAUGCAUCGGGCUGGAUCAGAUACAAAAGUUACCAUUGCUGAGAAAAUCGCAGAAUGCUCAGAAUUAAAUUUGUCGGACAUAAACAUAAAGAUUUCUAAUAAAAUAUGUAAUCGCUGCUUAAACGAUCUAUCUAUCGCUUGGAGCUUUCGUAAAAAUUGUGAAACUGCGAAUUCACUCUUCAAGUCAAUACAACAAGAAGAGGAAGAUGUUAUGUCAGUGGCUAACUCUGAAAUUGAAUGCGGGAAUAUAAAAAAACACUGCGGCUUACAAAUGAAACUUGGUGAUUCUGAUAAUGAGGCACAAAGUAAUAUUACUCAAGGAGGAGACGAUCUCACCGACGACAUUAACCAAAGCGACACAGAAAAAUGUCAAGAGGAAAUGGAAUCUUUUUCAGGAUACAGCAUUGUCGAGUACAUUGAUGAUGAUGACCAAAAAGAAUCGGAAGAGAAUACGGAAUAUUUUAACUGCUUUAAGGAGGAAAGCCCAGAAAAAAUUAACGAAACAGAAGGAAAGGAUGUAGAGACAAAAGUGGAAAUGUAUGAUUCCCGGUUUGAAACAGAAAUAAAGCAAGAAAUACUUGAAAAGGCAAUUGACGAGGAUAACUUAGAGAAUGUUAGUUACGGGCAAGAAGAAUUGUUUCUUACAUUUAAGAAAGAUAUAAAUGCUACCUCAGCAAAUCCUAAACGUAUCCGUGGGCGAGUGAGGCAUGGAUUAAAUGAAAAUAGUAACUUGGUGUUAAGAAAUAAAGAUAAAACCAGCAUAGAAACUGAAAACAACUUUGGUCAAAUAAGUCAAGCGACAAAAAAGAAAGUCGUCAUUAAAAAAGUACCAUCUACUUCAGAAAAUAAAAUAAAUUGUGCUAAAAAAAUAUCCCAUAGAAGCAAAUCUUUUAAUCCCUCACCUAAGAUCUGUGAAAUUUGUGGUAAUAUUUACAAAUAUCAACAUGCCCUUAGUGCUCAUAUGCGUCGACAUAAUAAUGACCGUCAAUUUGGUUGUGAACUUUGCGAGAAGGCAUUUGUAUCGAACGUAGAGCUAAGACGUCAUAUGCGGGUACACACCGGGCAGAAACCAUAUCCAUGUUCUUAUUGCGAACGUCGUUUUUCUGAUUUUGGAUCACGAAGUAAACACGAACGAACCCACACUGGCGAGAGGCCAUAUCGUUGUACAACAUGCAAUAAAUCUUUUGCAUAUCCUCACGUUUUGACCGUACAUAUACGAACGCACACAGGUGAAAAAAAAUUCCAAUGUAGUCGAUGUGGAAGAGGAUUUACGAAAAAAGCGUACCUUUCAGCUCACUUAGAUAACCAUUCCCGUUGCGAGAGUAUAUCAUUAAUUUCACGACUAAACGAUGAAAGUUCGAACAUAAGCCUUUCAAAUCCCGAAACUGAAAGGAUGAUGCCGAAAGAAGUUAUAGCUGUAAAAACCGUGUCUUUAGAGGAAUGCAUUUUCUCGACUGAAUUAGCCAAUGAAGAGAAUGAUAUCGGACAUUGUACUAUGGAGCUUGAAGAAACUAUCGACGAGGAACACUUGGAUGAAGAUCAAGAAUACAUUUUGGGGGCACGAUCAUAAAUGUUAUAUCAAAUUAUAGCCGUAUUUAUUAUACGCGCAUAUGUUUAAACACAAAUUAUUGUAUGCAAAAUCAAAAAUAAAAUGCGCAUGUAUAUAAAUACAUACAUACAUAUACACGUUUAAAAAAA